UUUCUCAUUUCUAAACCCUAUUUCAGUUUACGUCUACCACUCCAUCCCUUCUCUCCCUCCCUCCCUCUCUCCCUCUCUCACUACCAGCCACCGUACACCGCCGACGCACGCCACUUCUUCACGACGUGAUCUCAGCGACUACCGCCGCACGCUGCAUUCCCAGCUGCCGCAGUCUCAACCUCCAGACGAAGUCUCCGCCUCUUCCUCCCUCUUACACGCUCUCGCCUCUCGAUCAAUGUUGCUUAUCUCUGUUUUUCUUCACCCUCUCAUAAACGGAAAGUGGUUCAGCCCCUAACCUGCGCCGUUGGUGAGAUCGCACCGCCACUCACGCCCACCAUCGGUCAUUUUUCAGAUCCCCAAGAUUGAGAAGUUUAGAAUAUUACUUCAGCAUGUGUAGGAGUUGCAUAUAGAUCAAAGGCCAUAAGGAUCACCACCAUGGCGAACAGACGGUGUUUACAAGUACUAACUCGUCAUGCUUCGACUAUUUUUUUCACCAAGCCAUAUAUCCACCCGCUGAAAAUUGCACCGUCCUUCCUUUCCCAGAAUUUUCAUACACAUGCUUCUAUUUCAAACUACCUUUCUACUAAAAUUGAUCCUUCUUUGUGUACCUACGGGUCACAUACCCGAUAUCUCUCAUCUGAUAGUCGAAAUGGCAAUGAAGAUGAUUUUACUGAAGAUGAAGAUGAAGAUGAAGAUGACGAAGCAUAUGAUAGUAGUGAGGAUGAUGGUAUUUCCGUGUCGAGUAGGGGUAUGCAAAAGGAGUAUACAAAGGAGGAGAAGGAGGCUGAAGCAGCUGCUAUUGGAUAUACAGUAGUAGGGCCACUUGAUCAAUCUAAAGGGGUUUUCAAGCCUUAUGAGCCUGUUUUUGCUGUUGUUCAGAUUGGCUCGCACCAAUUCAAAGUUAGCAAUGGAGAUAGUAUUUUUACUGAGAGAUUAAAAUUCUGCGAUGUGAAUGACAAGUUGAUAUUGAAUAAGGUUCUCUUGCUUGGCUCAAGUAGCCAAACGAUUGUAGGUAGGCCAACAGUACCAAGUGCAGUUGUUCAAGCAGUUGUUGAGGAACACGCAUUAGAUGCAAAAGUAAUCAUCUUCAAGAAAAAAAGGAGGAAGAAUUACCGCAGAACCAAAGGACACCGCCAGGAAUUAACGAAGUUGAGGAUUAUUGAUAUCCAAGGUGUUGACAAACCAGAAAAUAUUGGAAAGCCUUCAAAAGUAGCUGGUAAGAAGCAAGAACAAGUUGCAGUAGCUGCUUAGUAGAAGGUUCCAUAAUUCUUACUAGUUAGAAUUGUUAAGUUGAUCUCCUAAUUCCCUAGAAGUGUGUCCUUUUCUCCCAACUAGGUUUUGUUUUGUAGGAAGGCCACUUUGCUAGGACUCCCAUUUGUUUUCUUCCUUUUCCUGGUAGUUUUCCCCAAAAAUGUGAUGUCUUCUAUUUAAAUAAUUGGAAUUUUCUUAUUAGAAUUGUGGUCAUACAUUUGAGAAGGGUUUGGAACUGUAUGGACUAGGAUUUAUGCCAUUGGUAGAUCUUGAGUUUCUUGAUUUGUUUGGGAGCUUACAGGAUCAUACAUUCAAUACCAUAUUAUUUUCUUUUAUUUUUUAAA